AUGUUGGUGACAUCUCUGCUAGCCGCCUUCUUGGCCACCUCAUCAGCUUCUCCUCUAUCCAUCCCGCAUGUCGUCCACGAGAAAAGGACCUCAGCGCCCCACGGAUGGGUGAAGAGAGCAGAGCUAGGCCGCAGGAUGGUCCUGCCAAUGCGCAUCGCACUCGCACAAGAAAAUCUGCACAAGGGCGAUGACUGGCUCAUGGAUGUAUCCCAUCCGACCUCUAGCAAGUAUGGGCAGCAUUGGUCAGCGGAGGAUAUUGCUACCGCCUUCGCUCCUAGUGAAUCCACUGUCAACGCGGUGAAGGAAUGGCUCUCCUCAGCAGGUAUCACGAGCGAACGCAUCAAGCAAAGCCAAAGUCUGGGCUGGUUGAGUUUCGAUGCUUCUGUAGAAGAAGCGGAAAGCCUACUGAGAACGAAGUACCACGUUUACGAGCAUCAAGAGACUGGUCAACCGCACAUCGCCUGUGAGGAAUACAAUAUCCCAGCAACCCUACAAAGCAAGAUUGACUUCAUCACACCUACUCUUCACUUCGAUGCUAAGCUGAAGCCGCGCGACGCCAAGUCUGAAAAAGAGAAGAGGGCUGUUAGCCAACACAUCAAUCCUGGCAACCCCAGCGGCGGGAACAUUCCCAAAUAUCAGCCUCUUGCAAAAAGUAACCUCAUCAAAGAGCUCAGUGAUUGUGAUAAGCAGAUUACGCCUAAUUGUUUGAGGGCUCUAUAUAAAUUUCCACCAGGGCUGACUUCAAACCCGAAGAACAGCUAUGGAAUUGUGGAAUACACCCCGCAGGCUUAUCUCCCAUCUGACCUUGAUCUAUUCUUCAAAAACUUUAGUACGAAGCAAAUUGGAAACCGUCCCAUCUUCGACUCCAUUGACGGAGGCACUAUCCAGCAGAACAUGACGGGCUUCGACUACAAUGGCGAGAGCAAUUUGGAUCUUGAGUAUGCCAUGGCUUUGGUCUAUCCACAAAAUGUCACUCUGUAUCAGGUAGGAGAUAACCAGAUGGGAGCAAGCUUCAACAACUUCUUGGAUGCUAUCGAUGGCUCGUACUGCUCGGUACCAGGGCAUAAUGACCCUACGCAGGACGGAAUCUACCCUGAUACGCUCCCUGGAGGCUAUACUGGACCCGAGAACUGUGGUGGUUUCGCAGCCACGAAAGUCAUUUCUACGUCUUACGGGUACAACGAACACGAUCUUACUCCCUUUUACCAACGCCGCCAGUGCAACGAAUAUAUGAAGCUUGGACUUCUUGGGGUAUCUGUUCUUUACUCAAGCGGCGAUUAUGGCGUCGCUGGGAAUAGUGGUCAAUGUAUCGACGGUGCAGGAGAAGACGCUCCAUACAACGAUGGCGCAUCAGGAAGAUUCAAUCCUUCCUUUCCUGGAACAUGCCCUUAUGUCACUGCCGUGGGAGCCACACAAGUGAUUCCAGGAGUCAAUAUCCUGACUACACCAACACAACCCGAGGAAGCUUGCGAGUCAGUCAUUUACUCUGGUGGAGGCUUCAGUAACGUCUUCCCAUUGCCAAGUUAUCAGUCAUCGGCAGUGAAGUCCUACUUCAAGAACCACCUACCAUCAUACAGCUCCGCUCAGUACAACAACAGCCAGCAAACACGAGGCUUCCCGGACAUCAGCGCCAAUGGAGCCAACUACGUUGUCACUGUAGACGGCGGGUUCUCUCUCGUGUUCGGGACCUCAGCCUCUUCCCCCACCCUUGGAUCCAUCCUCACUUUGAUCAACGAAGCUCGUUUCAACAUUGGAAAGGGAUCACUGGGCUUCAUCAAUCCUGUUGCGUACGCUCACCCUGAGAUCUUCAAUGAUAUCACGCAAGGAGGCAAUCAAGGAUGUGGCACCCCUGGAUUCACUUCCGUCAGUGGAUGGGAUCCGGUUACAGGUUUGGGGACGCCAAAUUUCCCGAAGAUGUUGCCUGUGUUCCUGGCGUUGUAGAGAAGCCGAAUAGGUAUAGACUUUUUCAGCAUGAGGGAUGAGACUAUGAUCACGACAGCCUAGCAGCUAG